AUGGUCGCCGCGGGCGCGCGGAAGGGCCUGACCGACUUCUACGCCAAGGAGGCGAAGCGGUUGGGGUACGUCGCGCGCUCCGCGUUCAAGCUCCUCGAGCUGAGCGACAGGUUCGGGAUACUGCGCAAGGGCGCGCACGUGCUCGACCUCGGCUGCCAUCCCGGCGCGUGGACGCAGGUGGCGUGCCGCGCGCUCGGGCACCCCGACGAGGGCGGCGGCGUCCUCGGGGUGGAUCUGAGAGAGACCGAGCUCGGGACGCUUCGACACGUGGACCGCAGGGCGCGCUUCGCGGUGGCGGACGCGACGACGCUGUGCGAGAAGCGCCUUCGCGCGCUGCGGGGCGGGGACGGGGACGGGGACGGGGACGGGGACGGGGACGAAUCGAUCGCGACGCGGCGACGGACGCGACCGUUCACCGUCGUGCUAUCGGACAUGGCGCCGAGCACGACCGGCGCCGCGGACGUGGACGCCGCGCGGUCGUACGAGCUCGCGGAGGCGGCGGUGAGGAUCGCGCUGGGCGAGCGCGCGCUCGACGGCGGCUCGCUCGUCGUGAAGCUCCUCGAAGGCCCGGGCGGCGGGAAGGCUGACCUCCAGGCGGUGUGCGCGCGCGCGUUCGACAGAGUGCGGUGGUACCGACCGAGGGCGACGCGGCGCGAUUCGAGCGAGGUGUUUCUCGUCGCGCGCGGGCGGCGGUGA